AAGCGUUUCUCUUACUUAUAGGCGUCAUUGGUUAUAAUUGGGCAUCGGGCUCUAGAGAUUUUGGCGAGUAUAGCAUUGCUUCUUAUGAGGCUACCUUAUUCAUUGACCUUUGGCGCAUGAGAUCGCUCGCCUUUGUUUCUCAAUACUCUUCAUCAGCUGCCGAACAUUCCUUUUUGCGGGGGGAUUCACAUUCUUGGACUUAAGGCGCGAGGGAGUUCCAACAGACUUCUCUCGCGCUAGUUUUCGCACGUUCCGUCGACUGUGUCGACGUUUGUCGAGCCAUAUCUGAUAGACUAGAUUCUACAUACGUAGACACUGAGGCUAUGUGACUGGAAUGACAGGUAUAUUGGUUUCAUGGCCACCUCCGACCGUGGCGUGCUGGAAAGGCCACACUAUACACCAGUCAAUAUCCAAGCACAUGAAGUGUCUGUUCAAGCCAAAUCGCCCAUUCUGCAAAGAAUUACUCAAAGCUUACACCACCUCAGAGGCAAAAACAUUAGUAGCAACAACACACACACGGUUUUGCACUCAGUAACGGCACACAUACCCGGAGGGAAAUUGACGGCAAUUUUGGGAGGAAGUGGAUCGGGGAAAACGACCUUGCUAAAUGCGUUGUCGGGAAGAUUUCAAAAUCAAAACCAGACAGUACUGGGAGAGAUUACGUAUAACGGAUACAAUGAUUUGUCUCGAUUUCGCACCGCCUAUGUGAUACAGGAGGAUGUUCUCCCGGCCACCCUGACAGUCCGCGAGACCUUGCAGUAUGCGGCUGACCUCCGUUCGAAUUGGAAAAGCGGGCGCCAGCGGGAUCAAGCGGUCGAUGAAUUGAUUAGUAGGUUAGGUCUAGAGACCUGCACCGACACCCGGAUAGGGCACGGGAGCGGGCAUGGUUGUAGUGGCGGCGAGAGGCGGCGAGUCAGCAUCGCCAUUCAGCUGCUGAUAGGUGCCUCGGUGCUGUUCUGCGAUGAGCCAACAACAGGGCUUGAUGCCACAACCGCUUGGCAAGUCAUACAGACAUUAAAGAACCUAGCUGCUAGUGGUAUGACGGUGAUAAUCUCCAUACAUGCUCCGAGAUCGAGUGUCUGGGAUAUGUUCGAUCAUGUCAUUCUUCUCGUAUCGGGGCAUGUCCUGUAUGAUGGACCAAAGGAGGCAGUCCCGGAUUACCUCGACCGUUCCGGGUUUAGAUUGCCAGCAUUCGUCAACCCGGCCGAAUUUCUCAUAGACAAAAUCACUAUAAAUACAUGGAUACAGAACACACCAGAGCUGCCUUUUAAACGCUUGGUGCCAUUUCAAGGUUCGUCGGCCAAUGCACUCGACACGGUCGCCCUUCCAGCACAGCUUCCGGAAUCUCCAACACCAUCUAGCACAAAACCGGGAUUUUGGAUGAAGUUGAAAGUCAUGACAAAGCGGACGAUGGUAGUAUGUAUAAGAGACAUCUCGCCGCUCAUUGGAAUUGCCUGUACGAUUGCUGGGCUAGCUGCCGUCCUUGGAUGGGUAUUUUGGCACUUGGAUGGAUCCCUUGCGGGAAUUCGUUCCCGACAAGGAAGCCUCUGGGAUGCUACGGGGCUUUAUGGGUACCUGAUGUUAAUCAGCGAGAUUUGUCGAUUGCUCGAAGAUGUUAAGACUUUUGAUCACGAACGAAGUGAAAAGCUUGUUGGUCCCGCACUUUUUACUCUCAGUCGACGAGCAGUGAAGCUAUUACUGGAAGACCUCAGCUUGCCCACGUUGUUUACUGCCAUAUAUUAUCCCAUGGUGGGCUACCGAGACAGCACUUCGCAGGUCUUAUUGUUCUGGUUGACAAUGUUUUUGACACAUAUUACUGCCGUUGGAUUUGCGAGCGUUUCUGUCGCCACGACCCGGAACUUCUACGGGGCCAUAUUUAUAGGGAAUAUGUACUUCACGUUGCAGACAGCGGCGUCGGGGUACUUUUUGCAGGCAAAUCAAAUGCCGGUGUAUGUGCAAUGGCUGAAAUGGCUCACAACAACUUUUUACACCUUCAGUGCCCUCUGCACCCUUGAGUUUGUUGGGUAUAAUGGCUCCAGCCCUGGGUAUCUCUACGACUGCCCCUCUCAUGAUGCCCAUGAUCCGCAAUGCAAAGAAUACAUGGGUGCUUUUGUUAUGGAUAGUCUUGGGCUCCCCAUUGGUGGGAUUUGGAAACUAAUUCUAAUCCUAUGCGUGUUUGCUGUAGUUUACCAAGCCUCCGCAAUUUUGCUUUUCAAUCUCAAAUCAGCCCGCCGACCUUGGUACGUGGCAGCUGCAGAAAAUGGGGAAAGCCAAGCAUGUCUACACGAGAAGACACCGGCCCGUUAUCCAACUCAACUUGAGGACAGCCAUAUACAGCUUAACAACCUAGAGCUCUACAAAACAAGUUCGCCGUCAUGGGUACGGCCUGGGCCAAAGUCGGCUCGAGUCGUUGGACCUGUGUCCUCCGUUUUUCGCCCCGGAAGAUUGAAUGUACUUAUGGGGCCUUCGGGGAGCGGCAAGACGACCUUGCUUAGUGCCCUAGCUGGACGACUAGUCACGACUUUGCGGCCAUCAUGGAAGUCCGGUGGCUUCAUCACGCUGAAUGGGUCUCCAAUAAAUAGUCAGCAACUCCGUGGUUUAGUAUCAUAUGUCCCGCAGGAUGACUAUAAUCUUCUAUCUAAUCUGACCGUGCGAGAAACAUUGUACUUUGCCACUGAACUGAGAUGUUCUCGGUCUGUCCCCUCAAAUGAGCGGAAAGGGCGGGUGGAGGACACGAUUAGGCGAUUUGAGUUGGAAUCCUGCGCAAAUACCAUUGUCGGAUCGACCUUCAACAAAGGAAUAAGUGGUGGCGAGAAGCGACGCCUGUCAAUCGCCUGCGAAACUGUAGCGGAACCUAAAGUGCUGGUUCUUGACGAGCCAACCUCUGGUCUGGAUUCCCGCACUGCUCUGUCUGUCCUUGAGGUGCUUCAACAACUAUCAUCCGAUGGAUGUACCGUCAUCCUCUCGAUUCACCAACCAUCCUCCACAAUGUGGGCAAUGCUUUCGACCUGUCUUCUUCUCAGCCUGGACGGCCGUCCUCUGUACGCGGCGGAGGUAGACCAGAUGCUUUCCUACUUUGACCGUCUCGAACACACCUGUCCACAUACCGCGAGCCCACCUGACUUCUUCAUGAAUAUAGCAGCUGGUUCUUCUGCCCAAGAGAUAGAACGUCUAGUGGAUAAGUGGACGCAGUCACAAUUCUCAGCUGUAAUAACAGCUUCGGAAACUCCUACCCUCUCUCAUUCUGACCUCUCUAGACCCCAGUCCAAAUGCUGCCGCUUCAUCCCGACCACGCGGGUUCUCCUCCACCGAGCCUACCUCAGCAUGCUCCGCAACCCUCUAUCCAUAUUUGUGCGACUUGUCCAAUGCCCUGGUAUGGGCCUUAUCUGGAUCAUAUUCGUGGCCCCCUUGCACAAGGACUACAAUUCGAUCCAGACACGCAUGGGUCUCAUGAUACAGUACGGCCCGGUAGCCUUCAUCGGCAUGCUUCAAAAUAUCGCGAGUUUUCCAGCUGAACGAGAUCUCUUCGAGCAUGAAUCCUCCAUGAACUUGUAUGGAGCUACAGCCUUUCUUGCCCAAUACACGGCGAUUGAGCUCCCAUUUGAAAUAAUUGCAGCCGGGAUAUUCAGCCUUCUCUUCGCCUACGCGGCGCAGCUGGGGCCCACGGCGACGCAAUUCGGCGUCUGCUUCUUGAGUGCAGUAUGUGCGCUUAACACGGGCGAAUCUUUGAGUAUGCUUGCGUGCCUCGCUUUUGGGCGGAAUCUUAGUCUCGCUGUAAACUGCACAUCGGCGUUGUUGUCUAUAUUUACGAUGCUUGGAGGUACCAUGAGUCUGAAUCCGCCGCGCGUUUUGCAGUGGUUUAAUCAUAUUUCACCUAUCAAGUAUGCUAUUGAUAAUUUGGCGUACUACUGUUUGAGUGGUUUGGAGCUGCAGUGCACGGAUAGCCAGCGUCGCGCGGAUGGUUCAUGUCCUCUUCAAAUGGGGGAAGAGGCUUUGGAACUUUAUGGGUUGGAUACAGACCGUCCGAAUAUAGGACUGGUUGCGGGGGUAGUGCUGAUGGUGGGAUAUCGGCUGUUGGUGUGGGCUGUGUUGAUGCUGCAGGUUAGGUGUCGGAAUGGGUUCGGUUUUCGGAGGUGGGUAAAUGCCAGGGAGAGGCGUGAGAGCUAGG